AGAACUGUAAAUAUAAGGCCUCUGUGAUCCUCCCCGCUUCCUGCCGCGCUUGCGCUUCACCUCCAGCCAUGCCGCCCUACAUUAUCGUCUACUUCCCCGCCCAAGGGCGCUGUGAGGCCAUGCGCAUGCUGCUGGCUGAUCAGGGCCAGAGCUGGAAGGAGGAGGUGGUGACCAAGGAGACUUGGCUGCAGGGCUCUCUCAAGGCGACCUGUCUGUACGGGCAGCUCCCCAAGUUCCAGGAUGGAGACUUCACCCUGUACCAGUCCAAUGCCAUCCUGCGCCACCUGGGCCGCUCUCUCGGGCUCUACGGCAAAGACCAGCGGGAGGCGGCGCUGGUGGACAUGGUGAACGAUGGUCUGGAGGACUUCCGCAACCUCUGUAGCCACUUCAUCCGCCACAACUAUGAGGAGGGCAAGGCCCAGUAUGUUCAGGAGCUGCCGGUGCACCUGAAGCCUUUUGAGACCCUGCUGUCCCAGAACCAAAGAGGCCAGGCCUUCAUCGUGGGUGACCAGAUCUCCUUCGCGGACUACAACCUGCUGGACUUGCUGCUGAAGCACCAGGUCCUGGCCCCCGGCUGCCUGGACUCCUUCCCGCUGCUCUCGGCCUACGUGGCUCGCCUCAGCGCCCGGCCCAAGCUCAAGGCCUUCCUGGCCUCCCCUGAGCACGUGAACCGCCCUAUCUUUGGAGCCCGCAAGAUAUGAGCCUGCUCAGCCUCCUCUGGGAGAGUGGCUGCGCUUGGGAACCAAUAAACACGGUGAGAGGAAA